AUGGGUGCGUCCCUCAGCGCCCCGUUCGUUCGUUCUCGUCCGGUCUCCGGUGCCGACAUCAUCAUCAUCUCAUCGCGUCUCGUCGCCCCGCUUCCCCAACCCCAACACCCCGCGCAGCUCGAAUCCAACGGCGCGAAGACGAACGGCGUGCGGAUGGUCCAGACGCGAGCCAUGAACUGGGGGCUGACCGCGUCGAGAGACGUCGACGAGGGCGCGCGCCUCGCGCGUCUCCCGAGACGUCUUCAGCUGUCGUACCGCCACGACGACGGCGACGACGAUUUCGACGACGCGUCGGCCUCGACGUCGACGCCGCCGUCGCUGACGCGCCUGAUCGAUCAGGUCCCCGCGGACCUGUGGAGCGCGAAGCUCGGGCUCGCGCUGCUCCGCGAGCGCGCGCUCGGCGCCAAGUCGCGCUUCGCGCCGUACGGGAUCCCGCUGUUUUUCUCGCCCGCCAACGCGGCGGCGUUGCAGUACCCGCCCGUCGCCGCCCAGCUCCGCCGCCGCGCGCGGUUCCUGAUGGACUUCGCGGACGGCCCGCUGAAGCAGGCGUACGCGGAAGAGAAAAAGAAACGCCUUCUUCAGGAAGAAGAUGGAACGUCAAACGUCGCGUACGCGUCGUCGCCGUUCGACGGGUACGCCGUGGAGGCGGACGCGUUGGGCUGGGCGACGGCGUGCGCGUCGUCGCGCGCGUUUCGCGUCCGCGGCCCGGACCACCCCGCGGCGUUCUUACCCCUGAUAGACGUCGCAAACCACGCGUUCGACGCCAGCGCGGUCGUUCGACCGGACCCGGACGACGACGGCGCGGUCGAGCUCGUCGCCGCGAGGCGCGUUUUAUCUCACCCUGGUUCCCAUACGACCGCGUCGGCGUGGCCGUUGCGCGCGGGCGACGCGGUGACGCUGUGUUACGGCGCGUUAAAUAACGACGCGUUUUUGCUCGACUACGGGUUCGUGCCGCGCGGGGGCGUUUUGGGGGAGGGGGAAGAUGGAACGUCAACCGUCGCGAAUUUCAGGGACGACGCGAUCGAUCUCAAUCCGCACGAUAGCGCGGGGCUCAGGUGGGACUUGGGGUUGUUGGAGGCUGCGAGGGAGGUCGCGGGGUUGAGCGCGACGCCGUUCGGGGUCUCGACGGGGGCGACUGUGAGAGGUCGCGGCGGCGGCGCGACGGCGGACGACGGCGCCGGGGAUCCGUUCGCGCCGUGGCAGCGCCGCGCGCUCGCGGAGUUACGACUCGAGCGCGGUCCCGUCGGCGGGGAAGAUGGAACGUCAACCGUCGCGCCGGACCAAGAGAUUCUCGUGCGCGCGGACCCGCGGUCGCCGAUCGACCACAGGAUGCUCGCCGGCGUGCGGGUCCUGUACGCGUCCAAACCCGAGGACCUUCUCGGGCGCGGCGGCGGCCGUGGCGGCCAGGGGGAAGAAGAUGGAACGUCAACCGUCGCGACGAAUACGAAUACGAGUACGAACGCGAACGCGCAGCGCGCGACCCCGCUGACGCAGGAGGAGCUCGGGGAUCUGUGGCGCUCGCCGUUGGAUCGCACGAGGGAGGCGUACGCGCUCAGGCGCGUUCUCCUUCACACUGGUCCCCAUACGACCGCAACGUGCCAAGCCGCGUUGGCGCUGGCGCUUGGAAAUUUCCAGACGACGCUUCGAGAGGACGCCGUCGAGCUCGCGAAGCUUCGCGGCGAACGCGAUCAAAGCGCGGGCGCGGCGCCCGGUCAACUCGGUCAACUCGGCAGCGGCGAAAGGAACGACGCGAUCUGCGCGAUCGAGUUCCGGAUGGGGAAGAAAGAGGUGAUCAAGAGAGGGAUGGAGGCGAUCGACGCGCGGUUGAGGGCGGUGUUGGCGGCGCCCGCCGCGCCCGGAGACUUUUCAGUCGUCCCUCCGAAGUAG